AUGAGUGGACGAGGAGCCCGCGCCGCCCGUGGUGCCUACUACAAGGCCCGCUAUGGCGGUAGAGGUCGAGGGGCUGCCGGCGAUAGCCACGCCUUCAAUGAAACAGCCUAUCGGUCAUCGCAAGAUCAGGCCAAUGCAACCAGCGGCCACCUAAAGAGCUGGCAACAGCUUGAGCGUGAUCUUGUAGCCAUCGAUUCUCAGCAAUAUGGGGCAUAUAAACGACUGCUCGGCACAUAUCAACAUGAGGAUCGUCCUCAUUUCACUCUGGUCAUCGAUCACAUCCAAGGAGAUGCGUAUGCAGCGCCAUCUCGAGUACGAGCCAUUGUCAAGUGGUCACACACGGGCUUUCCAGACGACUGCUUGAGGCAUGACAUACGUCGGAUUGCCUUAUGCGACUAUGUCACUCGCGUUGCUGCAUCAAUUAUCUCGUCGAACCACCUUCACCGCAAGGUUGGCAGCGCAAAUGGCGGUUGGGGCGGUCCCAAAGGCGGUGCAUUCUCCAUCAAUCAGCCUGGUCAGGAGAUUCUGCCGAGGACAUCGGCUAUGAUAUCUGGCAAUGAUAGCAUUGAGCUCCGCUUUACAGUCUCGCUUCCAGCGGCAGGGAGGACUAUUCUUGGGCAGCAAGCAUGGCAGAUCUUGGGAGUCAAUCUCGUUGAUGUUGUGGGACGAUCCCUCUUCCUUGCCAGCCUCGACGAGCGAACGCUUGAGCGCCAUAUAUCGUCCGCUGAACAGCAGCAUUCACUCCGUCAGCAGCUCGACCAGCGAGGCCUGGUCGCUUUCGUCGCCAAUGGCUCUGUGCUUCCUCGAGCAUCCGGUGCUUCGCAGACACCCAUGAACAGCCCAGAUGUGGUCAAGUUUCAAUCACCGAAGGAGCUCGAAGUCACGUUGACUUCAGCCCAUCUCAACGCUUACACAGGCAUGGGAAUUCCGAAAGGUGUGACUGUGCUGACUGGAGGUGGUUUUCAUGGCAAAUCUACCCUUCUCGAAGCACUAGAGCUAGGCAUCUACAACCACGUUCCAGGUGACGGGCGGGAAGCAGCGGUCAGCGACGAGACAGCUGUCAAGAUCAGAGCGGAAGACGGCAGGUGUGUCUCGAAAACCGACAUCAGCCCGUACAUUUCCCAGCUACCAGGUGCAAAGCCCACGAAUGCCUUUACGACCGAAGAUGCUUCCGGGUCAACAUCAAUGGCAACAAAUAUACAGGAAGCUCUGGAAGUAGGCUGCAAGACGAUUUUGAUCGACGAGGACUCCUCGGCAACGAAUCUACUGGUACGAGAUUGGCGCAUGGAGGCGUUGAUUCGCAACGAGCCCAUCACGCCUCUGAUCAGCAAAGCGAGAGCAUUGUGGCAGCAACAUGGCGUGUCGACUGUCAUAGUUAUCGGAGGCCUCGGAGACUGGCUGAGCAUUGCAGACAAUGUCAUCGCGAUGGACUCCUACAGACCGCACUGUAUCAACCAAGAAGUACAAGACCUCAUGGCUCAACAUUCACUCAUGGUCACACAGGACGAGCAUUAUGGCUCCAUUCCAAAGCGUGCUCUCAGAAUAGAUCUAGAAGGCCUGAGGUCGCCAUUUGCCUCGCGCAAGAAGUUCAUCAGCAUGAGCUCACAGCAGAGAGACGCAGUCGAUGAUCCAUCUCGUGCGGAGAGUGGCAUUGAUCUUGGGGGACUAGAUCAGAUCGUCGAGAUUGGGCAAUCAAGGACAAUUGCUACCCUUCUUCCGCACAUUGCAGCAGCAACGAAGGAGCACGCGCUCAGCCUAGCUGACAUUUGCGAGCGCCUCAACAGAUAUAUUGGGACUGAGACUGGCCUUCCAACAUCACUGGUUGGAGGUGAACUAGUUGCAAUUCGGCGCUUCGAGUUGGCGGCCGCCAUUUCAAGGCUGCGUGGCGUAACGCUGAGAGUUGACAGUCAGCCUUAA